UGUGCUUAAAUAAUGACUUUUCGUUAUUAAAUGUCACAACCGAUCAUAAACAAAUUUACAAAAUACAUCGAUUUUUCGCUUUGCUUGAGGCACAUCUCUGACUUCCAGGCAAAAGUUGACAGCAAACGUUAACGAUAGACUUUGACAUUUUGCAUAAGCAAAUUUCUUAAGCAACAUAUUUAAAAAAUGGCUCAUAAAAUCGAAAGCGAAUUUUAUUUUAAAUUAAUAUAUGCUGUUCGCGAUCGCCCGUGUUUAUAUGCGAAAACACACCUACAUUAUUACAACAGAGUUAAACGUAAUGAAGCCUGGCAAGAAGUGGGCGCAGCUACGGGCAGGCCAGGAAGUGACUGCAAAGCGCGCUGGAAGUUGUUACGAGAAAGAUUCUGUAAGCAAAUGAAGAGAGCUGAUGGUUAUUUUUCGUCUGACACAGACCCGUUUAAUGCGCAUGAAUGGGAAUACUAUAAGGAACUGCUAUUUUUAAAGGAAUCUAUUGUACCGCGACGUUCAAGACUUGGUAAGUGCGUACGCUCCAGCUCAGAAGAGCCUGCAAUGAAUGAAGUAUUUAUAAACGUAAAUGCCAUAGCCGAAGAGGACUCCUGCUCGUCACAUUCAAGUUAUUCAAAUUCUUGUGAAAUUCCGAACAAAACGUCAAAGUUCGAUUUAGCGCCAUUGAUAAUUGAACGUGAAACGGACGCAGAUUUAGGCGAUUACGAUAACCCAGAAAAACUGCAAAACAAAAGCGUUAGUACUAAAAGCAGUACACCGGUUAGUGGUGACACAGACAAUACAAUCGAAGAAUUAUUUGUAAAGAAUAUAGCGAAUUUAAUACGAGAUCUGCCGAUAGAAGUGAAGGAUCGUUUCCAGGCUGGCAUGUAUGCGGAAGUGUUCCGUUUACGUGCACAAUAUCGCAACUUCUAGAAUAAGCUAUCUUAAACGCACCUACUUCUUUAAAGGCUGCCUUUCAUUUUCAACUCGCACUUGCAUUCUUAAUUAAUUUUG